CUCACCUCCUUUCCAGCUCCAGGACGCUGGCGCCCCGAGCCCGGAAGGCAUGCUGAAGCCAGGCGGCCGGCAGGAUGAGUGUGAAAGAGGCUGGCCGGGAGCAGGCGGCCUACCACCUGCACAUCUACCCGCGGCUGUCCGCCACCGAGAGCCAGGCCUCCUGCCGGGUGACGGCCACCAAGGACAGCACCACCUCCGACGUCAUCCAAGACGCCAUCGCCAGCCUGCAGCUGGACGGCACCAAACGCUACGUGCUGGUGGAGGUCAAGGAGUCCGGCGGGGAGGAGUGGGUGCUGGACGCCAACGACUCGCCCGUCCACCGCGUGCUGCUCUGGCCCCGGCGGGCGCAGGACGAGCACCCGCAGGAGGACGGCUACUACUUCCUCUUGCAGGAACGCAACGCCGAUGGCUCCAUCAAAUACGUGCACAUGCAACUGGUGGCCCAGGCCACGGCCGCCCGGCGCCUGGUGGAACGCGGGCUCCUGCCCCGGCAGCAGGCGGACUUUGACGACCUGUGCAACCUCCCCGAGCUGACCGAAACCAACAUCCUAAAGAACCUCAAACACCGCUUCCUGCAGCAGAAGAUCUACACGUACGCGGGCAGCAUCCUGGUGGCCAUCAACCCCUUCAAGUUCCUCCCCAUCUACAACCCCAAGUACGUGAAGAUGUACGAGAACCAGCAGCUGGGCAAGCUGGAGCCGCACGUGUUCGCGCUGGCCGACGUGGCCUACUACGCCAUGCUCCGGAAGCGCGUCAACCAGUGCAUCGUCAUCUCCGGGGAGAGCGGCUCCGGUAAGACGCAGACCACCAACUUCCUGAUCCACUGCCUCACCGCGCUCAGCCAGAAGGGCUACGCCAGCGGCGUGGAGAGGACCAUCCUGGGCGCCGGCCCCGUGCUGGAGGCUUUUGGAAAUGCCAAAACAGCCCACAACAACAACUCCAGCCGGUUUGGAAAAUUCAUCCAAGUCAACUACCUGGAGAGCGGCAUUGUGAGAGGAGCCGUUGUGGAAAAAUACCUGCUUGAAAAGUCUCGCCUGGUCUCUCAGGAGAAGGACGAGAGGAACUACCACGUGUUUUAUUAUUUGUUACUCGGCGUCACGGAAGAAGAACGCCAAGAAUUUCAGCUCAAGCAGCCUGAAGAUUAUUUCUACCUCAACCAGCAUAACUUGAAGAUUGAAGAUGGGGAAGACCUGAAACAUGACUUUGAAAGGCUCAAGCAAGCCAUGGAGAUGGUGGGCUUCCUCCCCACCACCAAGAAGCAGAUCUUCUCCGUCCUCUCGGCCAUCCUGUACCUGGGCAACGUCACGUACAAGAAACGAGCCACGGGCCGUGACGAGGGCCUGGAGGUCGGGCCCCCCGAGGUGCUGGACACGCUCUCCCAGCUCCUGAAGGUGAAGCGGGAAAUCCUGGUGGAGGUCCUGACCAAAAGAAAAACGGUGACUGUCAACGACAAGCUCAUCCUUCCCUACAGUCUCAGUGAGGCUGUCACUGCCCGCGACUCGAUGGCCAAGUCUCUGUACAGCGCCCUAUUCGACUGGAUCGUGCUGCGGAUCAACCACGCCUUGCUCAACAAGAAGGACAUGGAAGAGGCCGUCUCGUGCUUGUCCAUCGGCGUCCUGGAUAUCUUUGGGUUCGAGGACUUCGAGAGGAACAGUUUCGAGCAGUUCUGCAUCAACUACGCCAACGAGCAGCUCCAGUACUACUUUAACCAGCACAUCUUCAAACUGGAACAGGAGGAGUACCAGGGCGAGGGUAUCUCGUGGCACAACAUCGACUACACGGACAACGUGGGCUGCAUCCACCUGAUCAGCAAGAAGCCCACCGGCCUCUUCUACCUGCUGGACGAGGAGAGCAACUUCCCCCAUGCCACAAGCCAGACCCUGCUGGCCAAGUUCAAACAGCAGCACGAGGACAACAAGUACUUCCUGGGCACCCCGGUCAUGGAGCCCGCGUUCAUCAUCCAGCACUUCGCGGGCAAAGUGAAGUAUCAGAUCAAGGACUUCCGGGAGAAGAACAUGGACUACAUGCGGCCCGACAUCGUGGCCCUACUGCGCGGCAGCGACAGCUCGUACGUGCGCGAGCUCAUCGGCAUGGACCCCGUGGCCGUGUUCCGCUGGGCCGUGCUGCGGGCGGCCAUCCGGGCCAUGGCCGUGCUCCGGGAGGCCGGGCGCCUGCUGCGGGCGGAGAGGGCCGAGAAGGCUGCAGGUACGGACAGUCCCAGCGCCCAGAGUCACCCAGUAGAGCUGCCUAAAGGAGCCAACACCCCAUCGGAAAAGCUUUACCGUGACUUGCAUAAUCAAAUCAUCAAGAGCCUCAAAGGAUUGCCCUGGCAGGGCGAGGACCCCCGUAGGCUCCUCCAGUCCCUCGGUCGACUCCAGAAACCCCGCGCCUUCUUCCUGAGAAGUAAAGGUAUCAAACAAAGGCAGAUCAUUCCAAAGAACCUGCUGGACUCCAAGUCCUUGAAACUCAUCAUCAGCAUGACCCUCCAAGACCGCACCACCAAAUCUCUGCUACACGACCGCACCACCAAAUCUCUGCUGCACCUGCACAAGAAGAAGAAACCACCAAGCAUCAGUGCCCAGUUCCAGACAUCCCUUAACAAGCUCUUGGAGGCGCUGGGCAAGGCCGAGCCCUUCUUCAUCCGCUGCAUCCGCUCCAACGCUGAGAAGAAAGAGCUAUGCUUCGACGAGGAGCUGGUUUUGCAGCAGCUGCGCUACACGGGAAUGCUGGAGACCGUGCGCAUCCGGAGGUCAGGCUACAGCGCCAAGUACACGUUCCAGGACUUCACGGAGCAGUUCCAGGUGCUGUUGCCCAAGAAUGCCCAGCCCUGCAGGGACGUCAUCGCCGCCCUCCUGGAGAAGAUGAACAUAGACAAGAAGAGCUACCAGAUCGGCAAGACCAAGGUCUUCCUGAAGGAGACAGAGCGGCAGGCCCUGCAGGAGACACUGCACCGGGAGGUCGUGCGGAAGAUCCUUCUCCUACAAAGCUGGUUCCGGAUGGUUCUGGAACGCCGGAACUUCCUGCAGAUGAAACGGGCAGCCACCACCAUCCAGGCCUGCUGGCGGUCCUACCGUGUCCGGAGGGCGCUGGAGAGGACGCAGGCAGCUGUGUACCUGCAGGCUGCGUGGAGGGAACGGGCGGCCUACCGGCGUCGGAGACAGAGCAUCAUCCGCCUGCAGAGCCUCUGCCGGGGGCAUCUGCAGCGCAAGAGCUUCAGGCAGAUGGUCACCGAGAAGCAGAAGGCGGAGGAGCGGGAGAGGGAAGCUCAGCAGGCGGCAGCAGCCAAAACCAUCCAGGACGAGCCAGUCCAGGCAGCCACCGAGGGGCCAGUGGCCGAGCAGGCCCCGGAGCCAUUGCAGGACAGCGAGCUCCCAGCAUCAGAGCCCGAAGUGGGACCCAGCGAUGCAUCCCCGGCAGAGAGCACCUCAGUGGAGGAGGCGGCCCCCCGGAGCCCAGAGAAGGUUGUCCCUCCGCAGAAAGCCACAGCGACUGAAAGUCACGAGAAAGUCCCCAGCAGCCGGGAGAAGCGUGAGUCGCGCCGGCAGAGAGGGCUGGAGCACGUGCAGUUCCAGAACAAACACAUCCAGUCCCAUAAGGAAGAGAGCAGCCUCAGAGAACCUUCUAGAACAGACAUCCUAGAGCCACAGGAGGGCCUCCCAGAAGACAAAAAGGAGAGCAGAGAUGAAACCCCUUCAGACGCAGGGGUGGAGAGCGAGAACGCUCCCCCCGAAAAGCAGCUCAUGGACCAGCCUGAGGCCACAGCGGUGGAUGAGGUGUCCAGAGAGGCCGAGGCCGCACCCCCAAGCCAGAGCCCCACACCCGGCCCUGUGGAGCGGCCGACCAGCCUGGCCCUGGACAGUAGGGUCAGCCCUUCUCCUCCCGGCAGCACCCCCGAGACUCCCAAGGACAAAAGCAAACCUCGUGGUGGCCCCAGGACUCAGGACAGGCCCGAGAGUCCCGGAGGCUCCACCCAGAUCCAGCGGUACCAGGACCCCUACUCCGAACGGCUAGCCACGGCUGUGGAACUGUGGCGUGGCAAGAAGCUGGUGGCCACCGGUGGCCCCAGUGCCCUGCUCAGCCAGUCCCUGGACCUCAGUGAGAGGCACCGCGCCUCGGGGGCCACCCUCACACCCACAGAGGAGAGGCGGAUCUCCUUAUCCACCAGCGAUGUCUCCCGGCUCCUCCCGUCUCCAGCCAAGACUCAGCCUUCCUCGGAAACCACGGACGGGGAGCUGACCUCGAAGAAGCCGGCUGUCCAGAAAAAGAAAUCGGGCGACGUGUCCUCCGGCGCGGACGCAGGGCUGUCCCCGGUCUCCCAGACCGACUCUAAGUCCACAUUCAAGAGACUCUUCCAGCAUAAAACCAAGGAUAAAAAAUACAUCCUGGAGGGCGUAGAGGAGGUAGAGAACACUGUGUCCGGGCACGUCGUACUGGAAGCUGCGACCACGAAGAAGAGUCUAGAAGCCCCCUCCAGCCACCAGCACCGGCACGCAGCAGGCGAGAAGCACGCCAAGGAGCCGGGAGGCAAAGGGAAGAAGAACCGGAACCUCAAGAUCGGCAAAAUCACCGUGUCCGAGAAGUGGCGGGAGUCGGUGUUCCGCAAGAUCACCAACGCCAACGAGCUCAAAUACCUGGACGAGUUCCUGCUCAACAAGAUAAAUGACCUGCGCUCCCAGAAGACUCCCAUCGAGAGCUUAUUUAUUGAAGCCACCGAGAAGUUCAGGAGCAACAUCAAAACCAUGUACUCCGUCCCGAACGGGAAGAUCCACGUGGGCUACAAGGACCUGAUGGAGAACUACCAGAUCGUCGUCAACAACCUGGCCACCGAGCGGGGCGAGAAGGACACCAACCUCGUCCUCAACCUCUUCCAGUCGCUGCUGGACGAGUUCACCCGCGGCUACACCAAGAACGACUUUGAGCCGGUGAAGCAGAGCAAAGCUCAGAAGAAGAAGCGGAAGCAGGAACGCGCUUGUGACGUUGUCCGGUCCCAGCCAAUGGGACCUGGGGAACCCCUCUGUAACGACCAUCCCCUUUUCCCUCCACCCUGUGACCUCGUAGUGUGCAAGAUGACCUGCCACAAGAAGUGUGUGCACAAGAUUCAAAGCUAUUGCUCGUACACGUGCGGGAGGAAGUGGCCUCCCCCAGAGCUGCCGGAGAAGCAGGAGCAGCUGGCCGCCAUUUAUGCCGUCCUGGAGCACCUGCCCGAGGCCAACCACAACUCCCUGGAGAGGCUCAUCUUCCACCUUGUGAAGGUGGCGCUGCUGGAGGACGUGAACCGUAUGUCACCCGGAGCCCUGGCCAUCAUCUUCGCUCCCUGCCUCCUGCGCUGUCCCGACAACUCGGACCCUCUGACCAGCAUGAAGGAUGUCCUUAAGAUUACCACGUGUGUGGAGAUGCUGAUCAAGGAGCAGAUGAGGCGGUACAAGGUGAAGAUGGAGGAGAUCAACCAGCUGGAGGCCGCGGAGAGCAUCGCCUUCCGCCGGCUGUCCCUGCUGCGGCAAAGCACUCCAUGGCCUUUCAAACUGGGGUUCUCGUCUCCCUAUGAGGGGGUCCUGAAUAAGAGCCCCAAGGCCCGAGGGAGCCAGGACAGCGGCCCGGAGGAGCUGGAGGUGCUGCCGGAAGAGGAGGCUGCCGGCGGCGACGAGGACCGGGAAAAGGAGAUCCUUAUUGAGCGGAUCCAGUCCAUCAAAGAAGAAAAGGAGGACAUCACCUACCGGCUGCCGGAGCUGGACACGCGGGGCUCGGACGAGGAGAACCUGGACUCGGAGACGUCGGCCAGCACCGAGAGCCUGCUGGACGAGAGUGCCGGCCGGGCGGCCCCCGAAGGGCCCCCUGCACCUGCUCUCCCUUGCCCCGCUGCGCCCACCCCGAGUCCCCUCCCCACGGUGGCCGCCCCUCCACGACGAAGACCCUCGUCCUUCAUAACGCUCAGAGUGAAGACCCCCCAGCGGACCCCAAUCAUGCCCACGGCCAACAUCAAGCUCCCGCCCGGCCUGCCCUGCCACCUGCCCGGCUGGAUGCCACACGCCCCAGUGGCCACGGCCCCCGUGAGGCGUCGAGAGCCACCUGCCCGCCGCCCGGACCAGGUGCACUCCGUGUACGUCACGCCCGGGGCGCACCUGCCCGUGUUGGGUACUCUGGAGACGCUGGAUGAGGACGACCGGCCCCCUGGGGCCAAGCGGAGGUACUCAGACCCCCCCAAGUACUGCCUGCCCCCCGCUUCGGGCCAGACGAACAGCUGAGGACCUGCAGCUGACAAAGUCGCGUGUUCGAGGAUGGCCCCUGCAAAGGAGCUGGGGGCUGGAGCUGCGUCCCGCGCUCUGCAAAGAAUCCAGAAUGAAAAACGGCCAAGAGCGAUUGGGACGUCGGACUCAGGGUGCCAAGUGAAGGCAGGGAGCCCGGCCUCACCGCAGUGCCCUCACGUCGCUCUGACGCCCCCCUGCCAGGAACGCAGAGCCUGGACUGGCAGGCGGGAAUUUUCCUUUCCCUUUUUGUACGUUUUUACGGUAACUUUCUUUGUACGUGGUUUACAUAACUUUAAACUGUAACAGCCUUAACGGAU